AAUUUAGAUUAAUCCUUUUUAGAUUUGAGGAUGUUUUCAAAAUACUAAUCAUCGCAGGGUGAACACAGGUGUAACUGAUUGCGUUGAUUGGCCCACCUAAAUGAAACAAUGCCAUAAUUAAUGCAAUCAAUUACACCUGUGUUAACCUAGCAACAACAUGCCAGAAAUGACCUCUGUGAGAUGGGCCUUUGAAGGCCACGCGCGCGCUUCAUCCAUCUCGACCGCAGAUGUCUCCAACGCCGCAACAGUGCGUCGCUGCUCGGCCUUCUCCGCCGGUAGGGGUCUCCGGAGACCGGACCCGGCACGGUGAGGUCCCAGCUCCACCGCGCGGGGUGUCACCGUGUCACGCGCAAGAGGGGGGAGUGUUUGGGAAAGUGAAAAGUCAGCUGAGAAACAAAACUCCGUGAAUCCGUUUUGUUGUUUUUCUUCCUGUGAGUGGAGUUCAGUCUCGGCUUCCAGGUGAGAGGACACGUCCGUGUCUGGUUUGUGCGCGCGUGCCUUCAUCUCUCGGGGAGUUCUCCUCUGGGUGCCAUCUGGAUCCGCGCCCGGGUUGUUUGGGCCGUUUUUUCGAGGCGAUUCCUCCCAGUGUGCGCUCACUUUAAGUUCGAGUAUUAAAGCGAGAUCACACGCCGCGCGCAGGACUCUUUGUGAGGCAGAAACAGGGGCGAUGUUCUGCCGAAAUCAAACCACGAGAGCGACCGUCGCCCGCGGCUCUGCCCUUGAAAUGGAGAUACGGCGAGGGAAGUUCAGAAGGAGCGUUUUCCUGGGCACAUCACAGGACAGCGACAUCCAGAAGAAGAUCGACCAUGAGAUCCGGAUGCGCGACGGCGCCUGCAAGCUGCUGGCCGCCUGCUCCCAGAAAGACCAGGCGCUGGAGGCGUCCAAGAGCCUGCAGACCUGCAGCACGCGCAUCAUGGCCUACAUGUCGGAGCUGCAGAGGAUGAAAGAGGCUCAGGUCAUGCAGAAGGUCACGCGGAGGUCGUCGGACGCAGGGCCGAUGGAGGACAGACUCCCGUGCAAAGGGAAAGUGGCCAUCUCCGAUCUUCGGAUCCCUCUCAUGUGGAAAGAUACGGAGUACUUCAAGAACAAAGGAGAGCUUCAUCGGUGUGCCGUGUUCUGCCUGCUGCAGCUGGGAGGGGAGAUCUUUGACACCGACAUGGUGAUAGUGGACCGGACACUCACGGACAUUUGCUUUGACAACACCAUCGUAUUUAAUGAAGCCAGCCCAGGUUUCGAGCUGCGCGUUGAGCUGUACAGCUGCAGCUCAGAGGACGACUACUCGGCAGGCAGCACGCCGAGGAAACUAGCCAGUAAACUGAGCUCGUCACUGGGCCGAUCGGCUGGGAAGAAGCUCCGGGCGGCCAUGGAGCCCGGGCCGUGGAGUCCUGUUGGCAACGGGGGGGCGACUCCUCUUCUACUGCCAGUUCCCUCUGUCCCGGGCCCUAAGUACCACCUCCUGGCUCAUACCAGCCUGUCGCUGUCACACGUCCAGGACAGCUUUCGCACACAUGACCUCACCAUCUCCGGCAGCGAAGAGUGUUCCUAUUGGCUGCCGCUCUAUGGCUCUGUGUGUUGCCGCCUCGCAGCUCAGCCUCACUGCAUGACCCACCAGAUGAUGAGUGGAUGUUUGAAAGUUAAGCAGUUGGGAGGUGACCCUCAGAGUUGGACAAAUGUGUACGCCAGUCUAAAAGGAGCCAGCCUGUUCUGCUACCACCGGCAAGAAGAUGUGGAGGCUAACGUCGAGCCGGCUUUCACUAUUGCCAUCAACAAGGAGACCAGAAUACGGGCGUCUGAGAAAGACCCUCAAAGUAAAGUUCAGAAUAUCUGCAUCAGCAACCAGUACGGAGGUGAGGAGGUCACACACACUCUGGCAACAGAAAGCCGUGAAGACACCCACCACUGGAUGGAGGCCUAUUGGCAGCAUUUCUACGACAUGAGCCGAUGGAAACAGUGCUGUGAUGACUUGAUGAAAAUUGAACUGCCAUCACCAAGGAAACCAGCUCCUGUCGCACUAAAGCAGGGCUCACUCUAUCACGAAAUGGUUAUUGAGUCAUCCAAUGACCUCGGCAGCACCGUGUCCGACAUCCUGGCUCGGAGAAUGCAGGAGCUGGAGCUCCGCAGCCAGCUGGGAACCUCCCCCACCUGGAUGUCUCUGUUUGAGGAGAACGACCCCAAUUGCGCUGGCCGCCCCCGUCCCUGUGCUUCUCGCCUUUCUGGCCACAGCCCCCGCCCCCCUCAUCGCCCGCCCCGGAGUCCUGCGAGCCCUCGCCGCUGCCCACAGCUGAGUCUGCUGUCCUCGGAUGCCAGCCUGACCUCCGACAGCGACAGCCACUGCAGCACCAGUCCCUGCUCUCGGCGCCACGGCUGGCCCGAGCCUUCGUCAAACUUCCCUCUCUCGUCCUCUUCCCCUUCCCGCCCGAGGCCACGCACUCAGUCGCUGGAUGCCAAGCUCAGCACCCUUCGAGGGACGCUGCAGUGUCCCUGCCAGCAUCCUCCCUCCUCGCUGCUUGCCCCGUUCCCCGUCUCCUCCUUUUCCCCUCGGUCCCAGCGCAGCACACAGACCACGCUCUCUUGCUCCAGCUCCACUUCCAGCAACAGCUCCAGCAACAGCGAGGGCGGCCACAGCCUCGAGUCAUCCGAGGGAGCCCCCUUCUCGAGGCCUUCCCCGGCUCGACGCAGCCUCAGGAACCUCAAAGCCAGACUUGAUCCUCGCAACUGGCUCCAAAGUCAGGUGUGAACGUGUCCCGCCUGACAGACAUGCUACACUGGCCUAAAGGCAACAGUUAACGGUUCAUACAUGUGAACCAAGCUCAGUCAGCUUGGCCACAUGCAGAGCCUUGAGGAGAAUAAGCUGCCUCUACUGCCUCCUGGUGGAGGGAGGAUCAUGAAAGACCCCCCUGGGGCAAACUGGAAUGUCUUCUAACACAAAGGACAGGUGACAAUCACUGCAGGCGACUGCACUUUGCUGGGUUGCCACAAUUUUGAAGAUGAUCCAAUACUAAAUGGGAGGUACUCUACUUGCUUGGAGACAUUAUUCCGGUCAUGCUGCUUGGGAGGAAGUGAUGCUAAGAGCGAAGGACUUGCUCUAAUAAACAGGUUACACUGGGCCUACGGUCUGUCCUAGGACUCUUAAUUCUGAAACGUGUUUUUGUUUUGACCUUAUUGGCCAUCCUGGCUCCACAAAUGUUUCAAAACCAUACAUAUUAAUGCACGAGCAGUAUUUUGACUGGAUGUUUCAUAUCUGUAUUGUACAGCUAAAGGGUUGCAGCGGUGAUGCUAUGAAAGCCAGUGAGCAUGUGGAGAGACGGACAGAAUGAACAUGAGGUAUAAUCAGCCUGGAGUUAGAAACCAAUACGUGUCCAGGUUGGAGUGUGUUCGGUCUCCUGUCUACUUCAGUGUACGCAUCCGAUUAUUCAUACAACAAAUGAACUUCGUGGUUCUCCUAAAAUUACUAUGCACCAUUUAGUUUGUUUUUGCACAUGAUUUGACCUAAAGUUAAUAUGUUGAACUACUUGAGAUCAUCUCAAUGCAUCUGGUGAAGGCGUAACGUUAUGCAAGUGCUCCGACAUACUGUACUGGUUCUUACUGUGAUCUCUUCUGGGUAAAAGUCUGUCCUCUGCUCUCAACUUUCACACAUCCAUCUGCACACUAAUGACAUCGCCAGAAGUGGGUCAGAUAUUCUACAUACACAGAACACACCUUUGAAUAAGAUGACAUGAACCGAAGCUUCAGUAUUGUUUAAAAGUAUUCCUGUUAUUAUGCUGAACGGCAGUAUUAUGGGAUUCAAUUCAGAUUCCCAUCAGUUCCUGAGUUUGAGCAAGAAUAACAUGGUGUGUGUACACUGCCAUGUAUUUAUUUAGUUAUGCAAGUUAAUGGCAUUUAGGCGACUCAACAAGUUAAUUUGUCACAAGAAAACAAUCAUCUAACUCAAAUCUCCGAGGCGAGUCCGUCAGUGCAGUAACCUCUUCUACUGUUUCUAUUGUUUACCCUGGAUUUACUUUGGUAACGGUUUAACUUGGGCAAUUUGACUAAGAUUUAAAACUGUCAUUGUUUUAAAAACGUUUGUUACUGGAAAUUAAUUUUUAACAAAUAAACCUCUCUGUCUUCUGUUACAUUAUUGAUUUUGUUAUAAAUGCAGCUAUAUUGAUACAUGAUUAUUGUAAUGUCAACAGAUGAUGUGCGGAUCUGUCACGGUUACAUAUUAAUAACAUUGAAUGUUAUAACCUUGCAAGUUUCUCAUGUGAGCAGGCGUGUUCUGCAUGUACACGUCCUACAAGGCGAACAUACGUGGAGAAAUGUGAAAUCUCAUGUUUAAAUAAUAUAACAGUAAUUAUAAUAAAUGUUUUAUCAUCAAUACACAAA